UGGAAAUCAUUACUACCUAAUUGUGAACAUAUGGGAAGGAAAUCAGAACUUUGCCCCGAAAAUGUGGGAUAAUGUAUACCCUGGAUACCUUUUUCCGGUAGGCUAUUUGGCCCCCAGCAGUAGGUAUACGUGUGCAAGGCUUAGGCAGGCAAUAGGGGAAACAACCGUCAGGACUAGCCGAGCCACUUUCUACCGCGUUUGAAGCCACCCUCCGGAAAAGUAUUUUAACACGUCCUGACACCCGACAUGGUCAUCAGUCAUGAGUUGUUGGUGAGAGCAGGAGCUCGAGACCUCUAUUCUCCUUUCGAAGUGUUAUUCUAUGGAAUAAUGUGGUAGCUGGUUUGAAAGAGGAUCUUCACUUGAUAUGCAGGGGGGAAAUCAAGGCUGCGUAGGGCCAUUUUCUUUGUGGUGUAAGGAGGUUUGGAAGUGCUCUCCCAGAGUUUUCCCGAGUUACACAACUGCUGCAAAGACGCCUGAGAUGGGUGACUGCGAUCAGUGUAAUGCAAAGUUCACCAUCCUUAAGAGAAAGAAAAAUUGCGAUGGUUGUGGUUUGACUUUCUGUAGUUCGUGUAUCAGGCGUGGAAUGGAAGGAAGGAGACACUGCAACAAGUGCCAUGUAUUGUCACAGUGGCCUCUUGAUAGAACACAAGUGGAAGCCCUUCGUGUUAAAGAUCUGCGUCAUUUUCUUCACUCAAGGCAUAUCAAUACUGUUGCAUGUACAGAGAAGCGUGAUCUGAUUGAUUUGGUAACCCAUCACAUCUGUCGCCAACGUGGAGUGUCUGGUAGUUCAACACAAAGUACUGCCCCCAUCAAUGAAAAUCACAAUUUUCCAAGAAAUGGGCGGCCUGAAAACAAACCUGCUACUUCUCCAGUCACAAGGGAUGAUGGCAUUCGAGUGCGACCAUGUAGUUCCCCAGACAAUGACAUCUGUAGCAUGGGUAGCAUAAGAGUAAGGCCAAUGGAUAGCAUUAGGGUUAGACCUGGCAGGCCUGUGUCUCCUGAUUCUAAUGAUUAUGAUCCUGAAAGUGAUCUAGGUAUUAGAGUCUUUGCUUCAGAUUUCCCUAACAGACCUCAACAGAGAGCUAGUAGUGUUUCUCCAGCGAGUGUUGAUGGGUGUUCAGAAAGUGUAGAGGAGGCAUGUUCUCGUUGUCCCAGCGAAGAUUGUACAACGUCGUGCUGUAGUUUAGAUUCUUGUCAUAAUGGCGCAUCUAGUCAACCUUGCCCUCAUCAAGCUGAGCAUUCAGAUCACUGUAGUUUAGAGGAUGUCAGCGUGUCCAGUGAGGGUCAAGUCCCAAGUUCCACAACAAGUUCAGACUUGCCCCUUAGGAGACCAAACUCACUUGCUCAAGAUGAUCACCCUCAGUCCAUCCAUAACUCUGGGCAUGAAGGAUCCAGUCAGUCCUGUCCACAAACAGUUGAGUCCCCAUUGGAAGUGCCUGAGACUGCUGCAACAGAUGUCGAUGAGCCCAUGGAUGUCGACCAUCCGGCCAGUACUUUAGAUGAAGAGCUUCAGGUCCCAUUAGCUACAUCACCCUCGUCAGCUUCAUCAUCAGCAACUUUUCCCUCUGAAUCAUCAUCUCCAGAGCCAACAAAACAAAUGUGGAUGGCCUCCCAGAAGAAUUGGUAUGCAAAAUCUGCAUGGACAGCGUCAUUGAUUGUGUACUUCUUGAAUGUGGCCACAUGGUAGCAUGCACACAGUGUGGAAAACAGAUGGCAGAGUGUCCAGUUUGCCGCCAGUUUGUAGUCCGUGUUGUGCGUACAUUCAGGGCUUAAUGGUUUGGUAAAUAAUAGUUAAUUAUUGUUCAUUGUGGCCUUAGAUGUUGAUUUUAUUACAAUGUCCUAAAUAAUGCUGUAUUAAUGUUGAGGUGCAGCCAGUUUAUACAGUAGUUACAAGGAAAUAAAAUUAUCUUAUACAGUAGUUUAGAUCAGUUGUUUGAUAUUUUAUGUUGACUUCAUUUUUAACUUAAAACUUCAAAAUCCUUGGAAAUUACCAGUGUCAAAAGUUCAUGGUUUUUGUGUUGACAGCACUAAUGUGUUUUUUUUAAUUAGUGCUGGAUGGAAUAAUUACAUGCUGUUUUUUGUAACAAAUUGACAACUUUAGUUUCUUCUUCUGAACGUCCAUAUAACCUAUUGUAUAUGUACACUCAUCUUUGUUACUGCAUCAGUGCUGUAUUAUUAGUAAGUGAUUGCUGCUGCAUUAACAGGUAUCAAAGUAUCAAGCCUCCAGUUCUAUUGCAUAAUCAUUACUAUACAUGUAUUUAGAACUCUUGAAGAUUCUGCCUAGCAACAUCCUUUGCAGUGCAAAUAUGUAAGUAUCCUUCAUUUCUUUAAUUUUAUUUGUAUGUUCUCUUUGUCUUUAGUCAUAAUAUUUGUAGGUUAUUAGUAUUAAGUUUUGGAACUUAUCAAAUAAUUAUUAUCAAAUAAUUAUUGUCAGCCUUCAUAAUUUGAUUCACCAAUCAUAAAAUUUUUAAACCGUAUCAAUCAUGCUAUAACUCAUUGGUUUAUUUAAACUAGCAAAUAAAAAUAUAUAAUAGCUGUGUUUAUGUUUUCAUAGUGAAAGCCGUUAGUUGAAGGCAAGAGGUGCUGAAAUAUAUGAAACAGAUUUUUUGCUAUUGAAAUAGAUGACCCUCUUUGUCACUUCUUGACCCUUUUAAGAUCAUUUUUCAUUAUCAUAGACAAAAUAAAUUUAUUUCAUAGGUGUAAAGUAUUGUACAUGUAAAAGCAAAGUGAUAAUUGGUGUGUCAAUGUUAUGAGAAUCCCUUUAGUACUAUAGAUUUCUGAUGUUGAGUUGAAGAAAAAUGAUGAUUACUCUCUCUCUCUCUCUCUCUCUCUCUCUCUCUCUCUCUCUCUCUCUCUCUCUCUCUCUCUCUCUCUCUCUCUCUCUCUCUCUCUCUCUCAGGUGUGUUGUAUUUGCAAAAAAGUUGAAGCCUAUGUAUAGAAGAACAUGUAAGUUAUUAGGCUUCAUACUUUAUUUUUAUUACAUAUUGGUCAGACUGUAGAAUUUAAAUCUACAUGAUUCAGAUGCAAUAGAGUUAUAGGUGAAUAUUUUGUGUACGUUUUUUCAUAAUAGAAAAUUGGUCAAAGUGGCAAACUACAAAUUCUUGACAAAAACAAUAGCAAAGAAUUUCUUAUGCUGUAAGGGUCCAUUUUUCAAGGACGCCGACCUACCUUACAAUCGUUCUUGAUGUGGAAUGCUGGUACGUUGAAAGUUGAAAUUCCUGCCUUAUUGCUAUUAUUUUUCAUCUCUGUGGUAUAGUCAAAAAUAUUUUUUGGAUUUAGUACUCACUUCCCCUGAAAUACAACUUACAAAACUUCAUGACAAUAGCCAGGUUUGAAUGAGUUUUCCAGGGCAUUAAAUUUAUUACAUUUCAUCGGUUGGGGAGACUUCAAUUCUUGAGUAUUUCCCACCUUAUUUUAAUGGAAGUAUAUUAUUAUUUUUAUUAUUUAGUAAAUGAAACACUAUUCAUAUGGAACAAACCCACAGGGGACACUUGACUUGAAAUUCAAGCUUCCAAAGAAUAUGGGUUCAUUAAGUAGAUGAAGUAAAGGGAUAUACAGAAAAAAGAGAUAUGGGAUGGGUUUUUUAGCAAUUUCAGUUUAACUGCUUUAGUGUAGAUGUCACACAGUAAUUAUUUUUGUGGAUGCGUGAUGCUUACUCUUAGGAUACUUUUGAAGUAACUUUUGACAUUUUGGACCUUGAGAAAAACUAUUGACAUUGUAGAAUUGUCAUGUUCUUUUCUUUUGAUUGUAACUUCAAAUCGGUAUUUUGUCAUGGUUUAUUGUGGAAGGUUAAAAUAGUCAUACUCCUCACAUGCAUUUAUGUUUUAUGCUGUCAUUGUUCAGAACAAAAACCUUUUUGUCAGCGUUAUUUUGAUUGAAAUUAAAAGAACACUCCAGCUUGUGGAUGGGUUAAACUGUUCUGGUCUUGUUGGGCUUUCAAUAUAGAAGUCUCAUAUCUUGACUGCUGCAUAGGUUUUUCAAUAAUUUAUAUUUGUAAUUUCACUUUGAAUAAUGUUGACUGAGUACAAAACGUUAUUUAUGUGGUCUGGCAGUGGUGUCAUUAAUACAAGUGUUUUUAGUAACAGUGUUGUCAGUGUGCUUCUUUCAUGUGGGCAGCUAUAAGAAGCUGUAUAUGAAAGAUGGGAUUUUUGCUCUUGUCAAAUUUUUUUUACUUUUAGAUUUUAAGUAAUUUAAUGUAAUAUAUUUUAUCUUAUUUAGAACUUAUGAAUGCUUAACAUUGUUGUCUCCCUAUUUGUUUUUAUACCCAAGUUAAUUAUUGUAAUACAGGUAUACAGUUACCAUAUUUAUUUUCUAAUUUUUUCAAUAACUUUUUAAAUAUAUAGAAAAAAUGAGGCUCUAAUCCAAGGCAAUUUGGUUAACCUUUUUUCAUGUUAAAUUUGUAAAUAGCUACAGGUAACCCUUGCUAUACGAUUGAUGUAUAAAACAUAUUGCAUGUCUGAGAGAAAAGUUCCCUCACCUAAGAUCAAUCCAAUCACCUGACUGCUUUUGCAAUCCCAGCCAAUUUUUUUUUCUUCAGAAUCGUGCUGUAUAAUGCCACAGUUUGAAUUUGCUUGCCAUGAAUGUAUACGUAGUGUACUUCCAAAUAUUUUGUAUGCCACCAGUAUCUCUCUCUCUCUCUCUCUCUCUCUUUCUUGUUUUUAUGUUAAGGUGGACAGAACUGGGGAGAUAUGAUGUUAUCACAUUAUCAUAUAUUUGUGUUUUCUUUAAGCAAGAAAUGUGCAAUUUAUGUAACCAAAUUAGGAUGUUAGGAAAUUAUAAGGAAUUUUGUAAUUUUUAAACUAGUGGUGAACCACCACUCUCUCUCUCUCUCUCUCUCUCUCUCUCUCUCUCUCUCUCUCUCUCUCUCUCUCUCUCUCUCUCUCUCUCUCUCUCUCUCUGUCAUGACUAUAACCAUUCAUAGUGCAGUAGAGAUUAAGGCAAAAGUGGCUCAUCAACUAGAGCUCUCAGUCAAAGAGACAGUUUUAUAAAGUCAUCCAUUGCCAUUUCCAGUUUGAGCAUUUAGAGCAUUUUUGAGCCAAUGAAAGUAUACACCUCCUCCAGCCCAAGAUUUGCCCUCUCUUUGGACUUGUCUAUACACACUUGAAUUCCCCAACCAAAAAUUAUACAUUACCUCAUGAAUGUCAGAAAUAGUAUGCAAUAGAAUAUAUAAGAUAUAGAAGCCCACAUUACGCAGUCUGUGCAGACUGAAACAAGAUCUUCCUCUUAUAGAAUUUCCGAGGCAAUAAAAGUAAACAACACCUCCUCCAGCCCUAGAUUUUCCCCCUCUUUGGAUUAUGCAUAAAGUAUGUGUCUAUAUGCACUUGAAUUGCCCAGCAAAAAAUUAUACAUUAACUCAUGAAUAUCAGAAAUUGUAGACAUUAGAAUAUAUAAUAUAUAGAGGCCCACAUUAUGCAGUCUGUGCAGACUGAAACAGAUCUUCCUCUGUUGCAGGACUUGCUCCAAUAUCAUAGAAUGAAACGAGCCAGUUUUCUUUACUAAGUAAUGCAUCUGUUAUUGGAGUAGAAUUUUCUGAAAUAUGGUGAGUAGUCAAGAUCAUUAAAACUUGCACAUGUGGGUAUUAAAAGUAAGGAAGAUAUUGAUAAAGUAAUGCCCUGUGACUAGGUCAAAUACUAUACCUAUUCUUAUCAGUGAUCUGUUUCUGUCUCUAAAACCUUAAAACCUACCAUCCUUACUAAGUUGCAGGUAAUGGGGAAUAAUGACUCAACAAAUUAAAAAACAGAUAAAACCAACUGUUGGUUUGCAAUAUUUUUUGUUCCAAACAGAAUGCCACAUGACGUAAUUUAUCCCAUUCAAAAUGAUCAUGCUUCUUACCCAUUUGUAUUUGUCGACUAACCCACAUUACCCAGUACCUGAAUGCAAGGAACAUAGAUUUAAUCCUUGAAAAAGUUUUGUCAAUCUUUAAUAUUUUCAGUUAAUCCAAUGAUUAAAUUGUUAAGUUGUAAUAUAUAAGAUAACCAUGGUAGCUGAGUGGUCUAGUUAGAAUAUUUAUUAAUAAGAAAGAUUUCUGACUUAUGACAGAUGCUAUUUUGAUGAUAGUUUUUUAAGCAUACAAUAAACUGAGAACAUGAAAUCUCCCUAGCUCUGACCACCCAAGUUACUUUUGAAUUGUAAGUAGCAUUUAAGGCAGAAAUAGCCAUUCUUCUAUGUUGGCUUUCGAGUCAAUGUAGUGUUAGCUGCUUCUUCCUCCCACUGAGUUGCAUGUCUAACAGAUUUUUACUGCUUUAUCUUAGCUUUUGAUUUAAAUCUGAAAGAUUGUGUAACUUUAUUUGGUUUUCUUUAUACGAGAAGACAUAAUUACGUAUUGCAAUGUCUCUCAUAGUGAGUGUGUAAUCGUUCAGUCAUUUCUUGAGUUUCUCUAAUCUUCAAUUCUUUUAGUUUCAGUGUCUUAAAGUAGUUUUGUGUACUUUUUAUACAAAAGUACCUGAAGAUUAUUGGGAUUAGCUUUUCAAUACCAAUAUUUAUUGCUCCCUCUUAAGUUUAUAGUAAUUUCCUCUUUUCUUAUUUUUAUUUCUUCAAUUUCAACAUUUGUGCACUUCUUUUUCACUGUGUCAUUUUCUUCUGUUUUAAUCAUUUAUAUAUUUGUGUAAAUGUAGCUACAGAAGUAUUUUGGAGAUAGUGUGAGGAACUCAUUGUUGAUUGUGUAGUAUCUCUACUGUUUCUGUUCAUAUUCUUUUAUCUUUUUUAUUUCAGUAUUUAAUUUUCUUUAAGUGAAUGUUUCAUUUAAAGUGUCAUUGUUUGCUGAGUUUUUAUUAGCUAGAAAUUUACCCCCUUUAAAUCACUGUUUUGAUUUGAGUAGUAAUGAGUCAGUCACUUAAAAAUCUUUUCAAGGAACCUAAAAGAAUUGUAUAGCAACUGUUAUUUGUAUCCACUUCAGUGACAGAUGAUGUCGCUUCAUAUAUUGUUUCCAAGGCACUGACAGGUGAAUGAUUUUCAUUCAAUUUCUACAAGGGGUGUGCAUUCUUGCAUGAUUUUACUAUGUUCUAGUCAGUACUCACUUUUUUAUAAUAACUGAAAGAUGCAAAAAGACAGUUUUACACUGUAAUAUUGGAAAAUUUCCAAUACAAAAUAUUAAGCCUGUGAUUUCCUUUAUAUAUUCCUUAGAAUCAACAGUUUGUGUGUUACUUCCUGUAAUUGAAAUGUUUUUGUUUUUACAGUAUGACUUACAAUGCUUUCUAGAACUUUGCACUGUUGUUAGUGAAUGAAUUAUGAUUACUCUUGAUGUUCCCACAAAAUUUACAGUCUUUAGCAAGGAGAUUCAAGAAUGUUAUUCCUUGUAAUUUUACUGAACCUCAAAAUGAAAAAUGAGAUUAUGAUAUAAGAGCUAUUGUCACAGCUGGUUUUGUGCUGUAUUGUAUUUAACUUAAUUUAUUUGAUUUUUUAUUUCGGAGUUUUUUUGUAUCACAAAUUCAAGAAAUUAUUGUUAUUUAGCAUAAUAUAAUAUUAAUAUUACUUUGAAAAGUCAUAGGUGUCCUGUCUUUUUGUAACAAUAACAUAAGUGAGUUUUUAAAACCUGGUAAGCCGGUUUUGUUGUAUGGUGUGUCUAUCAUAAUUAAUUGACCGUGGUUGAUUAUUAGCCAAGGAACUUUUGUGUUGAAAGCAUAGUCCAGUGUAUUGUCAGUUUAUUGUAAAUCCUGUCAAGAAGAUUAAUUAAAAAUGGCUCGGAAUGCCCUAAUUUCUUUGCUUUGCUUUCACGUUGGUCUUUGUUAAAUUUUCAGCAUGCAUUUAGGCAGACUGUACCAUAGUAAUAGACAUGACUACUAGAGACAGUCUUUUUAUCUGAUACAGGUCUCCAUCUUAUUAAGAAUUAGUUAGGAAUGAUUUUUACUUGGUAUGCCAGUGAAGGAGAUUCAUGGUAAGAUAUUGUUUAACAAGGAACAUGGAACUUGGCGUGCUAGUGAAUGAGGUUCAUGGUUAAAUUAGAAACAAAACAUUGUAUAUGAAGAGUAUUAGGCCAUAGGAUAAAUUUAGAAUUAUGAAACCUUUCCCUUGGUAAGGGUAAUGAAAUUCUCUCAUAUAAUCUGAGAACUGUCAGUCAGUAAAGUGUGUCAAUUAAAGUUCAAAUGCUUUACACUGUAGUGCUUUUACGUUCAAAUUUAGCUUCCACUGCAUUAAAAUGUUAUUCACAACUGCUCUUUACAUCAAGAAGUGUAGCUGGGAAAUGCAUUUACUCUUUUAUCAAAAGCUGAAUCAGCAAGCUAGUUUGGAGUGAUGUCAAAAUUUCAAAGUUGUGUCAAAUUUAUAUAGUAAAAAGUCUUACAAAAUUACCAAGAGCCUCUUUUCUUACAUGUAACUUUCAAAUUAUUAUGAGCUUAUUAAUUAUCGUCAGUAAAACAGAAUAUUCAAGUUUUGUAUUUUGAAUGAUGUUAAUAAGUACAAUGUGUCUCUCUCUAAAGGAGAAAUAAGAAAGGACAAAAGACUCGAGAGAUUAAGUAUUUUGGCUUUGCAGUUAUGUUGGUAAUUAUUGGGACACUUACUAUGUUUGUUACAGAAAUUUCUAAGUCCGUACAUUUUAUACUAAUGUGAAUUAAGUUGAUGAGGCAACUGGAUAACGUUUCUGUACUGUCAGAGUGCUGUCCUCAAGGGUUUGUUCUUUUGAAAAAAAAAAGAAAAAAAGUGAAUAUUGGGGCAAUAUGAAUGUAGUUCAAAUAUUUGAAGCCAGGUAGGAAUAGAUCAUAGGGAAAGAACAAAAAGAAAAUGACCGGCUGAUUUUUUCUUAAAACUUUUCAUUACAAGCAUCAAAGAUAUGUAGUACAUCAAUCCACUUGCCUUUGGAAUGAAAUUGUGGUCCAUGUUAAAUCUAACUUUCAAAGUGAAGAUGUGAUGGUUUGCAUGUAACAUUAAGUUCAAUUGAUGUGUUUCGUGUGAUUCAUCAGUUUACAGAUAACAGAUAUUAAUUAUAUUGGAAACAAUUUGUUGAAAGAAAUUUUAUCUUCAAUAGUUUCAAUUUAUUCCUAAAUUUCAUGAUGUAACUUAUUAGAUAAUGUUAAUAUAUUUAUUAGGAGUAUGUAAACCCUUUGGGCUAGCCCUAUUGCAGUUAGGAAUAUUGACUUGGUGGUAUGGUUGAAUUAUAUAUUGGUAAAAUAAUAAAGAGUGAAGAUUGUGGUACAAAAACAGUUAUCUCAUAAAACUGGUUCAUGAAGUAUUGUUCAUAUGAUGGUGUUGGUAGCUGAUAGUUGUCCAUAUCACUUGAACUGAAAUCUCUUCAUUGGUUUGACUAAACUGUUUUUUUAAGUAGCCAAGGGCUUUAUGUAUUAUUGAACAGCUGACAUUGUAUUGAGUAGGUAAAAGUUGCUUGAAAAUUCAGUGACUGAACUGAUUGAAAACAAAAAGAAAAGUUGUGGGGUUUUUUCGAGAUUGAGUACGUAUAUACCCUUUUUUGCUCUUAAUUCUUAUCCAGUGAAAGUAAAACUUAAAUACCUUCAGAAAAAGGCUUUACUGGAGCUGUACUAAUACUGAUCAUUGCAUUCCUGGUGUACCUGCUAGAUGCCAUUUUUACUUUUAACUGCUUGCAAGCAUUGUAGCUAGGAAGAGCAAAUUGUUAAUCAUUUUGAUGUUUUUUUUCCUGGCUUUGUUCCCAGGUGCUUGUAUCAGUUGGGUGGUUGAUGUUACAGGAAGAAUGGGAGGAGUUGAUAUAGAUGUAUAUAAACUUGAUUUUGUGAUAUACUGUUCCAAAGACUCAAAUAGAACUCAGUGAUGUAGAGCUCACGUAGCAGUAUUGUACCGUUCAAUAAUUAAAGAUUUUAUUAAGCGUUUUCAAGAGGCUUAUAUUUAAUAAUGUUAUUCCUUUUGCUCUUUUUAUGUGAACCAGAUGGAUGUCUGUUAUUUGUUAUAUGUUCAUUUUACACUUAAUUACAAAGUUAACAAUUAUGGCAAUCCCAUAGUAACUUGGCAGCAUGUAGGGGCCUGCAGCCUUGUUGUUUAUGUCAAAUCUGUUUUUGUUUGGACAUUUGUGCAACAUUCUGAAAAAAUAAGGAAAAUUUUAAGUUGUUAACCCAUAUGGAUGUUAACAAAAAUAGUAAUAAAGCAUGGAAAAGAAGUUGAAAAUCUAGAGAAAGUACAAUUUCAAGGUGGAUUCCAACCCAAUUGAAAAUCUGUUCACAAGAGGUGGGGCACUAGAUUUUGAAAUAGUUUAUUUUGUCACAGAAUUCUGUGAGGUAGAUAUUUUGUACAAUGAUAAUUAGUCUUCCUGUCACAUGCUUAUAAGCCUUUAUUUUGACAAAAUGUUGCAUGAUUUUUCUUUACCACUCCAAAAAUGUUAGUGACCUUUGUUGUAUUAUGGAUAUACUGUAGCAAGGUUUGGAAUUUCCUGGAUAAGCAAGAAAUUUCUUUACCAUUUUCAGUUCCAUUUUUCCAUGCUAGGUUAUCAAAGGUUUCUGUACUUUUUGUUCCCUAAUAUAUAACAUUUUUCUGCAGCAGUUUAAGUUACAGAUAAAGUGAUCCCAUGUGGAUAUCACAUUAGCAGUUGUAAAGGUAUUUUAGUGUAAAUUGAGGUACUAAUUAUAAUUACUAUUACUGAUUUUUAUUACCUUGGUGUACAACAGACCAAUGUGGCUGCUGAAGGUUGUAUUUAAAUACUUCAUAUUACAUAUACGUAUGGGACAAGUAAAAUAGUGCUUUUAUAAUGUAUAUUUUGAUAUGUAAAUUCCCCAGUUCCAUUAUAACUGUUGUGAGUAUUGGAUGAUUAUAUUAUUAUUAUAUAUUACUUAUCUGUUGAUAUUCAAGUACUAAUCAGAAUUUAGUUAGAUGGCAGGUACCUGUGUAUGUAGGGACAAAUAUACUUGAAAUGAAGCCAGUUGUGGUUGCCAGGCUGCAAAUCUUUCAUCAAAUUAAUUACCUUUUUCAUUAGUUAGGUUAUACUGUAGAAUGUUGCCAUCAAAUAUUUUGUGGAUUUUACCUAAUCUGUUAUAAAAGGUCAUCAAAUCCUGCCCAUUAUCAAAUAUACAUUCAUCUCAUGUUUUUUUAUAAUUUCUUGGUUUAUUUUGAUUUAAUAGUUCAAUUUGAGGCAAAUCUUUUUCAAGGAAAUUAUUUUGCUGUAAGCAGUUGUUUAAAGAUGUAUGAAAAUCUACAUUUAUUUAAAAGCUAUAGUGAUUUUCCCCUGAUCACAAGGGGAUGGGACUGUAUUUUAUUGACUAAUAAAGCUUUCCCCAUCCCAGGUAGUUAAAGCAUUAGUUCAUUAAGACAACAGUGUUUUGCAGGGCUUUGACAAGUACAACAGCAGACUUUGUUUGAAAUGCUCGUCACAUAUUUAUUAGAAAAGAAUGAGAAAAAAUUUUCAUAAAAAACAAAUUAGUUUUAGCUUGCCAUGGGAUAGUGUUUUGAUACUUUAACUUGGUUCCUUGUCAGAUUAAAUGCAAAAAUAUAAUUACUCAUUUAGUAUUUUGCAUACAAAAUGUGUAGUGAAGUUAUGGUAAUUUUACAUUGUCUCCUCAAUAUCUUGAAAGUUUCUUAGUUUGGAAUUUCUAUAGUUCUUAUAGCUUGUUUCAUACAACAGUCCUAGGAAUAUCCUUUUCAGAGACAUUGUCUGAAGAGUACAAAAUCUGGUAUGAGUUAAGUGUAAAGAAUACUUGCUAAUAAUUACACAACUUCAGCAUUGCCUUUUUUUGGGUGCUGGAUAGUUUACUUAAGUCUAAUAUUUUCAGUCAUAAUUUUACAGGCUAGAAAAGUAAGGUUAGGAUGAAGAUUUUAUGAUAGUGUACAGAAGCACAAAAUAUUGCUAAUUUUCUUAUUCAUUUUCUUGUACAGCCAUUUUCAUCUGCAACUUAAUGCUAAUACACGUACUCCGGAGUUGGUUAUUUGGAGUUGUAAAAUAGUGAGGAGGAACUGGAAUUGGUCGUAUUCCAUGACUAAUUAAUUCACAGCACCCAUGCAUCUAGUAUUCAGCCCCAUCCCUUACGACUUUCCUGAUUGGCUAGUGAUCUGGCCAGUCACACGGCUGGAAACCUGCCACUCUUCCAACAUAGAAAGACAGAUAUGUUUACCCGGUGAUGCUUAGAAGUUUCCAGCCCUGUGACUGGCUGAUCACCAGCCGAUCAGGAGCAUCAAACGGACAGGGCUGGUUACCAGAUGCAUGGGUGCUGUGAAUUAAUUAUAGUUUCACCAAAGAUAUUCUAUCUGUUACAAGGUAAGUUUGGCCAUAAUUAGGUUUUUAAUUUUGCUGUAUUGCAGGAGUAGCAAAAUUACUCUCUGCUUUUUAUUAAUGAAUUGCUCCAAAGUUAACAAGAAAAAAUGAUUGUGCUCUAGUUGCACUAAAUUGAGCAACAUGUGUAGGGCUCUUUUACUUUAAAGUUAGUUCAUAUUACCAAGAACUAUAUUGAUCUUGAGUAGGAAAAGCUUUUGGUUAUAGAAUCAUUUUUAUUCCCUUAACUUUGUUCACUUUGUUCCAUGAGUCACAAGGAAAUAAACAAUUGCAGUACAAUAUAAAAUACUCAAGGUAGCACCUUGUGUAUGUCACAUGUACUAUUGGUAUCCAAAAGUCCUUGAUUUGUUGUUUUGCCUUCCAUUUUAGCUGUAUAAAACAAUUUCACAUGGAAGUCUAAUUUGAGAAAGGUUUGCCUCAGUUAAUUUUACAGGAUUUUGUGUUUUGUAAACAGUGAAACUGCAGAGUUACAUUUUACUAAGAAAAAUUUAUGUUGUAAAAAUAAAAUCCUUAAAUUUUA